AGUAUCGCUACCUCUCCAACAGAGAGAGACGAUAAAAAUUGUGUUUAUGCAGGCUCAUCUAUGGCGGAAUAAGACUACUUAUAUACUGUUGUAUACAAGUUAUUAUUAUAGAUACACUCGUUUAUUGAGAAAAGGAUACUGAGAGUGUGAAAAGUGAGGGGAAAGGGAAUGGAGAAGGGAGUGAAGUUCGCGGUGUAUCGGAACCCUGCUCUCUCCGCCGCACUCGAUACCACCAGUCUUCGUCCUUCGAAAUAUGCUUUUCUAGUCAUACUCUCUCUCUCCACUGCCUCUGCCUUCUCUCUCCUCACUCUCAUUACCAGGGAAAAUGGGAUUAUUGACGGUUUGAAGCUUGGAUUUUUCUCCCAAGGGGUUGCCUAUCUCUUCACGAAAGCGAUACAGAUUGUGUUGGGUUUAAUAUUAAUGGGAGCAAUGAUUGCUCUCGCCAAAGCUGUUUCAUUGUGGAGAAUAAAAAUUACUACAGGUGUUACAGUCAAUUCUCCAUCUAAAGGACUAGAUGAGCAGAUGCACCUUACAAAUCGUCAAUUAGGGCUAUUGGGAAUAAGGCCAAGGAGUGAGCAGGUUGCAUCAGAGUCUUCUAAGAAACUUUCAAAAACUAAGUCCAGUACAGUACCUCCUUCAAGUCCCCUCAUCCCGCUGCAUCAGCCAAUGGUCAGUUCCAGUCGUUUAUCUCGAGGCAGCAGUGAUAAAUCAAAUAGCAGUGGUGGGAGCAAAUUUCAUUCUUUUAGCACUCCAACCAAAUCAACAGCUUCUCAAUCUUUAUUUCUUAUGAAUGUACCUACAACACCGACACAGUCACUAUCAGUAAGUAAUUCACCUGGUCCGGAUCAACUAGUCGCAUCCCCUUGGUCAAAUAAGCGAGCAUCUUCUACGAAAGAGAUUACAACAGAAGAAGAGUUUGAACAGUUUUUAGCUGAUAUCGAUGAGAAGAUUUCGGAAUCAGCUAGUAAAUUGGCAACUCCUCCGCCCACAAGCAGUGGUUUUGGCGUAGCAACUCCUAAUACAAUAUCCAGUUCAACUAAUACUUCUGGAACUACUAGAAGUACGCCUUUGAGGCCUGUCAGAAUGUCCCCUGGUUCCCAGAAGUUUAGUACUCCCCCAAAGAAAGGAGAAGGUGAUCUUCCACCACCCAUGUCUAUGGAAGAAUCCAUCCAAGCGUAUGAGCAUCUUGGCAUAUAUCCUCAGAUUGAGGAGUGGCGUGAUCGCCUUAGGCAGUGGUUUUCUUCAGUCCUACUGAAUCCUUUACUUUCAAAGAUUGAGAACAGUCACAUAAAGGUUAUGCAAGCUGCUGCAAAACUUAAUAUAUCAGUUACUAUUAGUCAAGUUGGAACUGAUCUGCCAAGUUCUGGAACAACCACCGCUGCCUCUCCAAUAAAGAGGACUAAUGACUGGCAGCCAGCAUUAAGUGUUGACGAAGAAGGCCUUUUGCAUCAACUUCGUGCUGCUCUUGUUCAAGCUCUUGAUGCUUCGAUGCCUAAGCUGCCAAUAGGCAAUUUCCAACAGUCACCACAGCAGAAUUCUUCAAUACCAAUAUUACAGGAGUGUAUUGACGCCAUCACUGAGCACCAACGGCUUCAUGCCUUGAUGAGAGGAGAGUGGGUUAAAGGUCUGCUACCGCACAGCAGUGUCCGAGCAGAUUACGUUGUUCAAAGGAUAAAAGAGCUUGCUGAAGGAAGCUGUGUGAAGAACUACGAGUAUUUGGGGAGCGGGGAGGUUUAUGACAAAGUGAAUAAGAAGUGGACCCUUGAGCUUCCUACUGAUUCUCACUUGCUGUUAUAUUUGUUUUGUGCGUUCUUAGAACAUCCUAAUUGGAUGCUUCAUGUAGAUCCUACACCUUAUGCUGGUGCACAAUCUAGCAAGAACCCUUUAUUUCUUGGUAUUCUGCCUCCAAAGGAAAGAUUCCCUGAAAAAUACUUGGCUGUGGUGUCUGGUGUUCCUUCUGUACUUCAUCCAGGAGCUUCUCUUUUGGCUGUUGGAAAGCAAAGUCCUCCAAUAUUUGCCUUAUAUUGGGAUAAAAAGGCACAAUUCUCUCUACAGGGAAGAUCAGCCAUGUGGGAUUCUAUGUUGCUUCUAUGCCACAGGAUUAAGAUUGCAUAUGGAGGGAUUGUUCGAGGAGUGCACCUUGGUUCUUCAGCAUUGGACAUUCUUCCCAUUCUUGAUGAGGAUGACGAAAACUGAAUCAUUUAAGCCUCGAAGACAGGAAAUCUGCCGCAGGGACAAGUGCUGGCAGAGUCCAUAAUAGUCACUGGACACACUAAUUUUAGGUAAAUUUGUCGAGGAAAAUUAAAUUUUAUUGUUGUACGAUCUCUUAAUUAACAAGCAACAAUAGUAGGUAAUAGAUAAAUCUGGUUGCAACUAAUGAUAGUAAAUCAAAAGCUGCAUAUUGUGAAAAAACAUGGUCUGACAAUCUCAGACUAGUAAUUAACUUUCUUUUAGGUACGAUUAAUUGCUAAGAAUAAUAAAUUUGCCCACAAGGAUGGCUAGAACCUUGGAACA